CUUGUCGAGAAGAAGCCGUCCAGCAUGGAAUGAUGAUGAGCAUUGAGUCAAAUCGAUAUAGAGAUACUGAAACAAGUUCUCAAAGUUUGGAUCAGAAAACGGGGACUAAAAACUGAUACCCCUUAGACACGAAGGGCUAAAAAGCUUCUUCAAUUGAUCAUAACCUAUUUGUUUGUCUUCGGAAUCUCUCUUUUUUGUUAAUUAAUACUUGUCAAAGGUCGUUAAUUCAGUUAACAGUACACCAUGGUCCCAUGUUUGAACAUUUGAAGCAUCAAACUUUUCAAACUCCCACCAAAUGUUGUUGUUCUAAAACUUCAAGUACAUUCUUUAUUCAACUAAAAACAUACUUGGUACUAAUUAAUGGAUUAGUUCUUAUUAGCCAAUCAAAUGCUACUUUAAAUAAGGGUUGAUCAUCUCUUCAAGUUUUGUAAAAUUAAGAGUCACAUAUUAGACCAAGUCAUUUUACCAAAACGUGGCCUCUAUGUCUUUAUCUUAAAGGAAAACAUCCUCUUUUUUUUUGGGUUUGGUAUAACUCUAAAUGCUUUGUAUUGGCACUGAUCUUCCUUUCUUUAUUUCCCUCCCUAUCCUAAAGAUUAGCCGUUUUUUUGAUUUCUUGAAUGUCUGGUUUGUGUAAAAGUCACGAAUUUGGUCUCUCUUUUGGAGUUUUUGAACCUUGUUUUCUUGGUUCUUGAUAGUCAAGGCCCAUCUUCAAGAUUGGUCUUUUGAAGGAUCUUGAAGAAAAGUCUUGCACAAGGGAGAUGUAAAUGUAAAAAUGGGCAGUCAUUAUUAGUAGUUAAGGUUUAGGUAUUCAUUCACAUGAAAUUGGUUUUUGUCACAGAAAAAAGGAGUUUUACAGAUAGCUGAGCACACUUUUUCCAACUGCUUCAGUAAUUGCAGAGCUGUUUUUUUUUUUAAAUCUAUUAAGGUGUAGUUCUACAGAGUGUGAGAAGGCUCAGUUUUAGAGGAAGAGGUUGAAAUUUUGUUGUGGCUGUUAAUGUCCAGUUUUAGGUUUGGGGAAUGGAUCAUUCUGCAAAAAGUGAUGAUAACAAAGCAAAAUAUGAAGUAACAAAGGAUAGCAAUGGAGUUCAGCAAGUUCUGCUUCGAAAUCCUCGAGGGGCUUCUGUGAAGGUUAGCUUGUUCGGCGGGCAGGUUGUUUCAUGGAAGAAAGAAAAUGGUGAAGAAUUACUCUUCACCAGUAGUAAGGUAUGAAUUCUGAAUUUCUGAUGCAGGUUUUUGCCCUGUCAUUUUCAUUUAUAUGUCGGAUUGACAUUGACAUAUUGCAAACUUUGAAGAGGCAAAUGUCAUCUCCAGUCCAUCAUUAUGUUUCAAUUCCAUUUGUUUCCGGAUAAGGAAAAAAUUUGAUCAUCCAGAAUGUGAAGCGAAACACCUUAGCAGAUUCAUGAUAGUUUGUGAAUGAUUUGCGGGAUUUUGAUAUAAUUUCAGGCAAAUUUUAAACCACCAAUGGCAGUCAGAGGUGGAAUUCCUAUUUGCUUCCCUCAGUUUGGCAACCGCGGUAUACUGGAGCAACAUGGAUUUGCCAGGAACAGGAUGUGGAUCAUUGAUGAGAAUCCUCCACCUCUUCAUCCCAAUGAUUCCAAAGGGAAAUCAUUUGUCGAUUUGCUGUUUACGCCAUCUGAAGAAGACCUAAAGAGAUGGAAUCACAGCUUUGAGUUUCGUCUUAGGGUUGCUCUGGACUUUGACGGAUAUCUCACGAUGAUAUCACGUGUGAGAAACAUCAAUUGCAAGCCGUUCAGCUUCUCAAUUGCUUAUCAUACCUAUUUUUCCAUCUCUGAUAUCAGUGAAGUGCGAGUGGAGGGACUGGAAACUCUGGACUAUCUUGACAACUUGCAGCAGAAAGAGCGUUUUACUGAGCAAGGAGAUGCCUUGACUUUCGAAUCUGAGAUAGAUAGAGUUUAUCUCAGUUCCGAAGAUGUAAUUGCAGUCCUUGAUCAUGAGAAAAAACAAACCUUUGUCAUAAGGAAAGAAGGACUACCUGAUGUGGUGGUUUGGAAUCCUUGGGAAAAGAAAUCAAGAGCCAUAGCUGAUCUUGGAGACGAGGAGUAUAAGCAGAUGCUCUGUGUCGAUGGCGCUGCAAUAGAGAAUCCGAUAAAUUUGAAGCCAGGUGAAGAGUGGACAGGACGAUUGGAGUUGUCUGUUGUGGCGUCAACAUAAUGCAUUGAAGCGUCACCUAGAUCACAACAACCCAAGCCAUCAAUACUGAUUUUGAACCUAUAGAAGCAUUUGCAAUUCUUAAGUAUCUGGUUAAUACAUCAUCGUGUGACUAUAGUCUAUGCUAACAUCUGUUGCUGCUGCUCCUUUCUGGUGGCUACAUUUCAAAGUAAUAGCUUUUGGAAAUAGUACUAUGAUAUGGGGAAAUUUUAUUUUGAGGUUCCCCUCCAAGUUGAUCAAACAUGCUUGUAAAACUGGCAUUAUUGAUGUAUAUGAAACAUUUACUAAUUGUACUACUACUUUUGAAGGUGUAUGAAACAUGAGUUGCUCUCCUAGACAAUUUGAACUAUGAAAUUAUUUGUGGAAGAAAGGAUGAAUAUGAACUUGAUGAUAAAAUUUAGGUACAACUACAAAGGAAGUGAUAGAUUAACAAGGUAGUUAUUAAGAUAGAAAAACCAAAGAUGGCUACAGGUGGCAAUAAGAAUUGAGAAGAGAGUUGAAAAGUAGAAAUUUUUUUGGUGUGGAUUGUGGAAUGAAUAUAAAGCUGAGAAGUGAA